AUGACCGACUACAACUCGACCGCCCGGGCUCUGGCGCUGCCUAUAGAUGAACAUGAUCGCCGUUCUCAAUCCAACUCGCCUGUAUUCUCUCGAAGGUCAACGUCCGUCCCACGGUCAAACCGCCGCACAAAGUCAGGCGGCAUCCUCGCUCAGGCGACCAAACUACAACGCAAUGCUGCAAAAACAUUUUUCGGCCUCAGCCCUGCAAAACGCAUACUGUUGGUGAUUGCAGGCGUCGUAACGUUAGUGCUCGGUAUCCUAUUCCUUGUAUACAAUGAGAGGAUAUUCCAUGCCAUGUCGCCCGUGGCUAAGCGCUGGAGGAAUAUCACUGGCGGCUGGAUGAUUCUGUGGGCCGCGACCUUCUUGGUCAGCUUUCCACCUCUGAUCGGCUAUUCUACCUGCGUGACAUUGGCUGGCUUUGUCUAUGCAUCCGGCACAAUUAUCGGCAGUACGGCCUCGUUCCUCGCGUCGCGCACACUGUUGAAGUCAUACGUGACGCGACUUACGGAAAACGACAAGCGUUUCGCAGCACUCGCCUUGACUCUAAAACACGAUGGCAUCAAGCUCCUGAUGAUGAUCAGACUUUGUCCACUACCAUAUUCACUCUCGAACGGAGCCAUCUCUACAAUUCCUACAGUACAGUGGCCACAGUUCAUGGCAGCGACAGCAGCGGCAAGUCCCAAGUUGCUUCUACAUGUGUUCGUGGGUAGCCAGCUCGGACGCAUUGCCGACAGCGGAGACAAGAUGGACGCCAAGACAAAGGCCAUCAGUUAUCUCAGCAUAGCGAUUGGGCUGACUGCCGGUCUGGCCACAGGGUGGAUCAUGUAUACCAAAACCAAGGCCAGAGCUCAAGAGCUAGAGGCUGAGGAGCGCGAAGCUGCUAUCCGUGGUGAAGCACCAGAUGGAGACGACAUUGAAGAGGAGGGCAGAUACGAGUACUCGGACGAUGCUAUGGAGAGGGAAGCCACGGAAGCGAUUCGUGGUGACGAUGGCAUCAGUCUGCGAAGCGACCAGGAAUACCGCGAUGACUUUGACGAUGAUGCAGAUGACGCCCAAGAUUUGGACAAGGUGUUCCGACACGGCGAUGGAGACGAAGAGGAAGGGUUUAGAGAUAGAGUAGACAGGCACUAG